GAUAUAUAGAAUCACCAAGAAACAUUCUUUUUCUUUACCAAAGUCAUUUUUGUUCUAAUGAAGAUGAAUAUACUUUUCUUAUUCCAAUGGCUUCUCUUAUUGAUCUUCACAAAAACCUCAUCAAUUUCUUCUAAACCCAAUAAAAUCCCAAGACUCACACCACUUAUUGAAAAUAUACUUCAAGAUUCUAAUACCCUUUCUUCUUCAACAAUAAAUGAUCUUCCAAAAGAAUUUGAGACUUAUUACUAUACACAAACACUUGAUCAUUUUAAUUAUGGACCAAAAAGUUAUUCAACAUUUAAGCAAAGGUACAUAAUUAAUUCUAAGUAUUGGGGUGGUUCCAAUUCAAAUUCUCCAAUAUUUGCCUAUCUUGGUGCUGAAUCUUCUAUUGAUGGAGACCCUCUUGGUAUUGGAUUUCUCACUGAAUUUGCCCCUCAAUUUAAGGCUCUUCUUGUUUAUAUGGAGCAUAGGUAUUAUGGAGAGUCAAGACCAUUUGGGACAAUGGAAGAAGCUCUACAAGAUGAAGAUACUAGAGGAUAUUUCAAUUCAGCACAAGCUAUAGCUGACUAUGCAGAGCUUUUGUUACAUAUUAAAGAAAAAUAUUCAGCAAAAAAUUCUCCAAUUAUUGUCAUUGGAGGAUCCUAUGGAGGAAUGCUUGCUUCUUGGUUUAGAAUGAAGUAUCCACAUAUAGCUCUUGGUGCUUUAGCUUCAUCAGCUCCAAUUCUUUAUUUUGACAAUAUCACUCCACAAAAUGGAUAUGAUUCAAUUGUGUCUAGGGAUUUUAAAGAAGCUAGUAAGAGUUGUUACCAUACUAUAAGAAAAUCAUGGCCAAUAAUUGACAAGAUUGCUUCUAGAAAAAAUGGACUCUCCUAUCUCAGUCGGAAAUUCAAGACUUGCUCGAAGUUGAAUGAUUCAUAUGAGUUGAAGGAUUAUUUAGAUACAAUAUAUUCUGUGGCUGCUCAGUAUAACAAGCCACCAAAUUACCCAGUGACAGUAGUUUGUGGAGGAAUUGAUGGUGCACCAAAAGGAAGUCAUAUUCUUGAUAGAAUUCAAGCUGGAAUUGUUGCAUUUAAAGGAAAUUCAUCUUGUUAUAACACAAAUUCCAUGCCUAGUGAAACAGGUUUGGGAUGGAGAUGGCAAACAUGCAGUGAGAUGGUGAUGCCUAUAGGGCGUGGGGAAAAUGACACAAUGUUCUUUCCAGCUCCUUUCAAUUUGAAUGAGUUCAAAAAAGAUUGCAAGAGCCAAUAUGGUGUCUCACCUCGUCCACAUUGGAUCACAACUUAUUAUGGAGGACACGACAUAAAAUUAAUUCUUCAUAAGUUUGCUAGCAACAUCAUUUUCUCUAAUGGGCUAAGAGAUCCUUAUAGUAGUGCAGGGGUUUUGCAAGAUAUAUCUCCUAAUCUACAAGCUGUCUACACACGUAACGGUUCUCAUUGUCUAGACAUUCUUACUAAAAAACCAACUGAUCCAGAAUGGCUAAUCAUGCAAAGGAACACAGAAGUUAAAAUCAUGGAAGGAUGGAUAACAAAGUACUAUGCUGAUCUUAAAGCCCUAAAAAAUGGCAAAAUGCACUAAUUAAUUAAAAAAAUUAGUCCAUUUAUUGUAUUUUCAAAAGUAUAAUUAAUAUAAAUUAAGAAAUAAAAAGGAGAAAAAAAUGUUCUCUAAUAUUGAUGAA